AUGGCUACAGACACUGGUGACUUGUCCAUGGAGCGCUUCGAGCGAAGCAACGUUGACCCGCGCUGCAAGCUCUGCUACAUGAUCGGGGGAUGGAUGUCAUGGACUGAAAACUAUAUCACUGUUAGACUAGAUGAUGCGGUCUUGUAUCUUAGUGGUUCGGCGGGAUGGGAUUUGGGGUUGGACCAUGACAUCCCUGCAUCUCGUUAUGUAUAA